AUGCAUAAAACCUCAAUAUUUAAGAGCGAAGUUUUUAUUCAUCCGAACUAUACUAUUGAUGGGAAUAAAGAAAACAACAUCGCGGUGAUAAGAGCUGAUUUUGGGAAUCUUUAUAACAAUGCAGACCCAUCUAGAACUCUAGGCGGGCUCACAACAAAUUCGUCAUGCAAUUUAUACAUUGAUGGAAACCGUGAGUUCUGGUUUGUCACUAUUUAUGGACUUCAAUAUUGUAAUCACACCACCAAUUCUAAUGUUUUCUGUUCAACAUCACCAAACUCUGCAGCAUGCGAUGUUAAAAUUGCUGGUUCAGUAAUGUGUGGUGCGGGUGUCAUGAUAGAUGGAUUCUUAAUAAGUGAAUCAGGUUGUGAAUCAAACGACAACCGAUUGUAUUACCACUCCGUCAGUGAAUAUGCCGAUUGGAUCAAUCAAGUUUUAUCAAGCUCUGGAAGAAAAUCUGAAUCAACUGUUCUUAUCUUAUCGUUGACAUUGAUGACGUUGAUGUUCAAACACUGAAAUUUCUGAGACAAACGUGUGAAAAAAAACAAUUUUUGAAUUUGUUGUGAUAUUAAAUUGUUUAUGGUGGGAUUUUAGAUGAUUGAUAAAAUAAAAAUUAAAAGGAAUAAAAAUCGAUAACUCAGAUAAGAUUUCUCAUAUUUUUUAAAUUAAUUAAUAAAAUUAUA